UGACAGCGGUGGUUGACUUCUUUAGUUUACUCAUGUUUUUAUAUUUACUUGAACAUAAAUGUCACUGAGAGCUGGUCUGAACUUUGAAGAGGAAGAGAAGAGCCGGUAAAUAUGAUGUGGAGUUAAAUCCAAGUGACAAUGAGGAUACUGUCCCUGCUGUACACGUGUUUUAUGGUUCUUGACUAUCAAGUCAUUUCGCUCCCUGCACCAGAAAACAUUACCGUUAAGUCAAAAAACUUCAACAUUAUGCUUGAAUGGAGUCCAGGAGAAGACACACCACUUGGAACAGUUUACAAUGUCCAAAUAGGUAAAAAAACGCUACAGAACAUCACUGGUACGAUUAUCAACAUCUCAGAAUACAUCAAAGACAUAUUUAAAACAUACACUCUUCAACUUUGGGCAUCAAACGACAGUGGUUCAUCACCUAAGGAAAGCCAUAAAUUUUCACCAUUCCAGAUCACCACCAUUGGUCCUCCCUCGUUCACUCUAUCUGGCUGUGGCGACUGCCUGAACAUCAGCAUCUCUCUACCGAAGCCAAAAUACAUACUAGAAGGAGACUAUAAUUCAUUCUACAACAAUAUAUAUUUUAACAUACACUGGAGGAAAGCAGAAGAUGAAACGGAUGGAUGCACCAAUUCUGUUGCAUCAGAGUAUCAGAAAAUAAUGGUGCAAUCAAACACACACGUUCUCGAAUACCUUCAGAGGGGUGAGCGAUACUGUGUGCAGGUCCAGCCACAGAGCACCUCUGUCCCCGACGUCCAGACUUCCUGCUGGAUCUGUGAAUUCACCAGUAUAAAAGAGCCAAGAGGAGUGGCAUACCUGGUUGGAUGGGUCAUUGGCUUCGUCAGUUUAGUACUGUGCUUGCUGAUCUUGACAGUCUGUGUCGUCUAUACCGGCUUUCUGUGCAAGCCGAAGAGGAGACUUCCCAAAGCUCUGGUUACACUUGCUCCUGCUUACAUCCUUUACCUAGAAGAGGUUUGUCCAUCCAUUGCUGACGUUGAGUGUAGCCUAAAGAAAAACGAAGCCAAGGAUUUUCAUCAACAGCACACGAGUAUUGUUGAUGACAAUAAUGAUGAGGAGAACAAAGAGGAGGAGGAAAGUCACCAUGGUUACAUGGACCGAGCUGGCAACGGCAGUGAUGGGGAGGCAGAAAGUACAGAAAGUGACACUUCCGAUGUUUUAUGUAAAGCUGCAAAGAUUUAUGGGAAUUGUAGUUUGGAGGGCACAUUAACUCCAACAGAACCCCAAGAAAUUGCACCCUGUUGUUUUCAGAACAGUUUGGACAAAGAUCAUGAAAACAGAACAGUUUGCUCUGAGUCUGCAAACGAAAACGUUCAUCCUCCGGAAUCAAAAAGAGAGGGAAAAGUAGUGGAGCAAAAAAGGGAAAAUAAUCAAGGUGGUUUUAAGAACGUCAACCUGUUGUCAGUGACGUUAAAGUCUAUGCAGCAGAAGGACGAAGAGAUGGAUGAAACGGAUGAAUCCAGAGAGCCUCUGUUAUCUUCUUUGCUCAAAGAACUGCACGAUGAUGCGCUCGCAUCAAAGCCACAGACGGAAAGUUCCUCGUUUAGUGAACUUCCAACAGCCUGUUUGCUCCGGAGAGACUCACAGACAGAAUCACAGAACAGACAUGAGGAGCAGACUGACUUAUUACACACAGAUGUGUGUGAUCGUACUCAAACAGGAUAUUUGGCAACACACAUUGGCACAAUAGACACAGAAAGUGACUCAUCUGAGGAGGACGAAGAGGAAAAUACCUCCGACUACAUGACUCGAUAAAGUCAUGACUUUCAUUGUGACUGUGGUUUUUUAUGAAUUUCUUAAUGUUCUUAGGAAGCACUCGUGAUUUAUAUAAUAUUACAGGAGAAUUUUCUUGCAUUACAGGGUCCAUUCUCCCUCUUUGGUGUCUAAAUUAGGGCUGGGCGGUAUGGCUAAAAAACUCAUAUCUUGAUAUGCUUUUGAGAAGUGGCGAUAUACGAUACGAUUAUAAUGUAAAUUUAAAGUACAAUCUUCAAAACACUGUAGUUCUGAUAAAUUCUGACUAAUUACAGUGUUUGUUUUGUAUUAUUACAGGCUGUGUUUGUAUUCAUAUUGACAUUUAUGUUAAACAAACCAGCAGAAUCUCACAAUCACAUUUAUACUGUCCGUUUUACUUCAAAUAAAUGAGCAUCAAAAAAAUCCCAAAAACGUUUAAUAUUAGAUAAUGCUUUGCUAUCAUUACAAAAUGAAAGUGCACGGUAAACAGCAGCACCACGACCCAGAUCAACCACACAGCCGUAUAAAAUCAUAACCGCUGUUUACCUCGGAGGCCAUCUUGUAUAUUUCCAGAAUUUUUCCAGAAUAUAAAAAUCCAUAUUUAACUGUGUUUAUCCACCUAACCAAUGAAAACCGCCUUAGAUCGUUUAACUUAAUUCAUUCUCUCGGCUGUCGCGGUUGAAAGCUGAAACUGGUAAUUCGUUCACUUAUCUGUCAAUUAUACAGCAACCAAUAAAGAGAAAAAUUCCCAAAAUCUGAAUUCGAAGCUCUAAUUGCUUUAUACGUACAUCGGAAUCUCUUGAACAGUAGUUGCUUUGCUCACAAAGUGAGCAAAACGAAUGAAUCUUUACCAUAGAUAAGAGCACAGUUUUCUGAUUCGAUUCCAAUGAGUAAUUCGUCUGAAAAGAGUCGUUUCUGACUGAUUGACUCAGUGAUUCAGUUACCAUGCUCGCGAAGGAAAGCGUUCCGCUUAGCGCUUUUGUGUUUUAAACGCUCUCAAAUGGUAACCUGUGUAUUCUAUGCGUACUCAAUAUAUCGAAUAUGGUCAUUUUCAACAUCAGGUAAAAAGUAAUAUCGAUUAUAUCGAUGUUUACGGUAUACCGCCCAGCCCUAGUCUAAAUCACCUGAAUUUUGUAUUUUCAUAAUUUAUUUCUGUCUAAGCCGACCACGUAAACAGAUUUUCCAGACAGCCAGUUCAUAUGUUCGUUGUUUGGUGUGCUAAUCAUAGCAAGCAAUGUUGCCAGAUAUUUCUUAAGUAAAUCUUCUUUCUACAAUUCUACAAUGACACCUCAGGCUUUCUUUCAAAACAAACACUUGCCUUUUAGCCUGAAAAAUUUAACAACAAAUUAAAACUAAUACAGCGAAUGAUUUGUUAGUUGAACUUUUUGUAUGAUUAUUUAUUUCUUAAAGCUAUAUUAACAAACAGAUUUUUCUAUUGGUGAAACUGAAUGCUUGUUUUUCAAUGAUCACUUAACAAGCAAACAUGUUAGGGUGAGACUGAACAUUUGUUGCUCGAUUUGAAACAAAAUGCUGUAAAGUACGGCAGAAUUAAAUGAGUACAUUCCGCUUGGCUUUGCUUUACGCUUUAAAGUUAGAAAUCUUUUUAGACUUCUAUUUAAAUUGUUUACAUGUUUGUUUUGUGGACUGCAGAUGUUGGGUGUUUAUGUAAUUUUGUUCAUCUGAGAGCAGAGGUCAAUGUAUUAAAUCAAAGCAAUCAUACAGAAAUGUGAAGGUAAGGCUUGACUAAGCUAUUCAGACCAAAAUAAGGUGCUAAAAUAAAUGUAAAGAAUGUAAUAAAA